CAGUCCACCAGUCCACCCCGCCCCGCCGCGCCGCGCCGCCCGCGCAGCUCAGACAGGGGUGGUAGUCGCGAGACGUCCCGGACCGGCGCCGGUCCAGAGGGGUCGGAGUGUGCGGUGCGGCGUCGUGUCGGAGCAGAGCACCCCCGCGAGCGCGUCGCCCUCCGGCCGUCCUCCGCGGCCCGCGCCGUCGACUGGACUUCGCGCAACUGCGGACGGCAUCCCACAAAUGAUGCUGCCGCCCAGGUGGUGGGAGUGGGUGCGGGGCAGCGUGUUCUGCGGCCUGUGGCUCGGCUCCAUCCUGAGCGGCUGGCUGCUCCUGUGCUGCCCGCUGCUGCCGCUAAUGGUGCUCCGCCCGCGCACCUACCGCCUCGCCAUCGACGUCGUGUUCGCCAUGUGGGAGCUGUACCCCGCGGCGCUGAUACGGCUCGUGCUGCAGACCAAGGUGGUGGUGACGGGGGACCCCGUGGACGGCGCGGAGCGGUCGCUGCUCGUCAUGAACCACCGCACGAGGCUGGACUGGAACUUCCUGUGGGCGGGCAUGCAGCGCGCGGUGCGCGCCGGGCCGCAGGCCACCCGGCUCAAGUUCGUGCUCAAGGCCCCCAUCGCGCACGUGCCGGGCCCCGGCUGGGUCAUGCAGAUGGCCUGCCACCUGUACAUCCACCGCAGCUGGGAGCGAGACCAGCGCCUCCUGGCCCAGAGCCUGCGCUUCUUCCGGGACAUGGGCCACACCUGCCAGAUUCUUCUCUUCCCGGAGGGCACGGACUUGACGCCGAAGAGCGCGUGUCGGAGCGACCGCUGGGCCGACUCCCACGGCCUCCCGCACUACGAGUACGUGCUGCACCCCAAGACCACCGGCUUCGUGUUCCUCGCCAACACCAUGCGAGAGUAUAAACACCUGGAUGCAAUCUACGAUGUGUCCGUGGGCUAUCCAAAAACUUUAGUGCAAAGUGAGGUAGAUCUUUUCCGGGGGCACAUACCAGAAGAAAUUCAUUUCCACUUUAAGAGGUACAAUGUGGCAGACAUACCCGAGACAGAGAAUGACCUGAAGGCUUGGCUAGAGCAGAGGUGGAGGGAGAAGGAGCAGCAGCUUCAGCAAUUUUACAAAGAUGGGUACUUCAAAGAUUCAAAAUUACAGAACAGAAAAGACAAGGCUGAGCCAACAGAAACAGCGUUAUGUUUAGCAUUUUGUUUCUGGACAUGUUUGAUAUGUACAGCCUUAUGGUUAAUAUUGGUGAGCACAUUUGCUCAAGUGUAUGCUCUCUUGCAUGCUUUCGUCUUUGUAGGUCUUUCACUAUUUGGGUCUGGUGCUCACAUAGUAGAAAUUCAGUUGCACCAAGCAAGACAAAAAGUCUUAAAGGCCAAUUAGAUCUGAUGCUAUAGUUUGAAAAGGAAUUGAAAACACAAGUUCCAGAAAAAAAAAAAAUAGAGACCUGUAACAUUAAAAUAUAGUAAUUAAGAGACUUACUGCAACAUGUUUUGUCAUCUUCUUGAUAUUACUUUUGCUCUUUGAAAACAUUGUGAUAUUUUAUGGCCUAACUGUAGAGAAAAAGAGCUAUUUAUUUUGGAGACAUCAGACGAUUUUUGAUGGCUUAUCCUGAUCAUAUGUGCCGUUUCUCUUUUGCCCAUAAAAAUAACUUAUGUUACCUUUUCAACAUCAAGACGCUUGAUGUUAGUGUGAUUCUAAAUGUAUAACAUAAAUAAGUUAUUAUCUGCAUGUUUUCAUGCAUAUUUUUCUUCUCUUUAUAAAACUCUAAAAUAUUUCACCAAAAAAAAGUCUCAACAGUAAAAAAAUAAUUUUGCAUAAUUCCUUGUAGAAAAUGAAAACAUUGACUUAACUUUUUGCCGUUGCACAAAGGAAUUAUGGAAAAUUUCUUAGCUUCAGAAUCCUGACCUGCAAUCUUUUUAGAUAUUUUUGUUAUUUGGAUACCUAGUACCUGUACCAAAUCUGUACCUGUACUUCUUUGUUUUGGAGAGCUCUUUAACUGCCAUUUUUGUUUUAAACAAACAUCCAUUGCACUUGGGAGUCAAAGUUCUGGAAACAUAUUUGCUGACCAGGCCAAUACUUUUGAGAGAGUACUGACAACAUUGUUAUUAUAUGUGAAGCUUGCAGAUACUGCAAUCAGAAGUCAAUUUGCUAUCCCUUUACGCAGUCACAGAUUUCAUAGUCAUCAUAAAUGUCUAUAAACUUUGCGUAAGUAUCAAACAAUCUCUAAAUUAGGGCCAGGUGCAAUGGUUCUCUCUCUAAUAGUAGGUUCCUCACUAAUUAAACACAGCUUAUUAUCAGUCAAUUUUAGUUUGUAAGAUUUAAAUGUGAUCAUGUAAAAGUGUUAACUUUAAAACCUUGAUAUUGAGGUUCUCAAAAUGGAUGGACAGCUAUGAAAGUGGAAGUAAUAGAUGGCCUUAUUCGGGUGUUAAAUUGCUUAUUUACAGCCUUGGUUCUCAUGACUGAUUGAGAACAAACCCUGUAAGUAGGCAAUCCGGUCCUUUUGAACUUUCAAUUAUGUGUCCUAUGCAGUGCUUGAAACCUUCACUUGAUCUAUUUCAUAUGUUAAAACCAUCUAAUAUAAAUCAAUACACUUUUUAAUUAACGAUUCAACUGUGCCAAAUAAGCAAUUUAGUCAUAUUUUAACGGAUGAUUACUCUUUCUGCUAAAUCUCUUGAUGGGCCUCAUUCCAGGUCACCGAUUCGGCUAGUACAUGCCAAAAAGUAUCUGCUUUUAGCAUCAGAUACCAGUUCAAAAGCAUAUCAAGAAAACCUAAAUUUUAGAUUUCCUAAAUCAUUAACCUCUUUCUUUAGUUAAUAAAUAAACAAGAAUCAUAUAUUUCUA